GGAUGGAAGGGGAUGGUGGAGUCGAUGUGUCUUCGCGGACGGAGAGGAAAGCGCUGGAGAAGGCAAAGAUCCUGCAACGGGAAAGCGAGAGGAAGGUCUUAAAGACGGUUGCAAGGAUUUUGAAGAAACCGGAGGCAGAGCGAUCGGAGGACGAGGCUGCUGCCUUGCUCCAGCAUCAGGACACCGUGCGAGAGCUCUGCAAGCGACAGGUCCACAGGAACACUGUCAAGAGGAGACAAGAGGAGGUGUUUGAUGAUGCUGAGGAGCUUAAAGAUAAAGUUAGACAGCUGGCUGAGGCAGUCAAGCAGGCACAAUACCUUGUGGCUUACACUGGAGCUGGUAUCAGUACGGCUGCAUCUAUCCCAGACUACAGAGGCCCUAAUGGGGUUUGGACACAGCUGCAAAAGGGACAAACAGUCAGUACGUCUGACCUGAGUGAAGCAGAACCAACCCUUACACACAUGUGCAUUAAGAGUCUACAUAAGGAGAAGUUGGUGCAGCAUGUGGUUUCUCAAAACUGUGAUGGACUUCACUUGCGAAGCAGCCUUCCCAGACAUGCCCUGUCUGAGCUCCAUGGGAACAUGUUCAUUGAGGUGUGUACAUCCUGUUCCCCAGUCAGGGAGUAUGUGCGUUUGUUUGACGUGACAGAGCGGACAUCGCUGCACCGCCACGGGACGGGACGCAGGUGCAGCCACUGUAGUAGUGAACUCAGGGACACCAUAGUGCACUUUGGUGAGCGUGGGACUCUGGAGCAGCCCCUUAACUGGAGAGGAGCUGCAGAGGCUGCUAAAAAGGCCGACGUCAUCCUCUGUUUGGGUUCCAGCCUGAAGGUGCUUAAGAAAUAUGCAUGUUUGUGGAGCAUGAACAAACCUGCCAGCAAAAGACCCAAACUCUACAUUGUUAAUCUUCAGUGGACGCCAAAAGAUGAACUGGCCACAAUGAAAAUUCAUGGCAAGUGUGAUGAUGUCAUGAGUCAUCUGAUGGAGUACCUAGGAAUUCAGAUACCAGUGUACAGCAGGGCAGAUGACCCCAUCCUCAGUUUAGCCACACCACUGCGAGCAGAAGAAGAGGACAGCCAUACUCGCAAAGCCAUAGCUUCUCCUGCUGGGCAAGAGGACAUUUUGCCUGAUACCCAGAGUCAGGUCGGAGACACAGCAUUGCAGGGUGGCUGGUUUGGGCGAGGCUAUCGCAAAGGAAGGAAGAAGAAAAAAGCUGUAUAAUAAAAGGCAACUUCAAGUUCACCUCCAUUGCAGUCAACAAUAUAUGAAGCAGAUUUGACAAGGUUUUGAGUGUGAUCAUCCAUGGAUGGAAAUGAUUCAGCCGACCUUGUUAUUAACUUACCUCAGGAAGAUCCAGUUUCGGUAUUGAUCGUGAUCCACGCCACAAGGCAACUCUAGGGAAAGCCUGUCACUCCCAGAUCUAGUGUUUAAAGUGGAAUGAACAAUGGACAGCUAAUUUCUCAGUAUUUUAAGAAAAU